ACUUUAGGCUGCAUUGUGUGAUUCAAGUGACAGCCUAGUACUGCUUAACAAAAUUAGUCUAAUGGGAGACCAGGCCCUGAGAGACCUCUGCGAUCCCAGGACACUGAUGUGGGGUAACUAAUACCCACUGGAAUCUACGCUGAGUUCACAGGCUAUAGACUCAGAGGUUCCAGUUGAGAUCAAGUUGGGAGACACACCCUUGUUCAUUCUCCUUGAGAAGCGGCCAUUAUCAACAGAACAUUGAUAGAACCUGUGUUUGGGGAAAGGCCUGAUGGCUUUGAGUCUAGGUUGGAAAGCACCCAGGAAUCGCUGUGGUUUCCUCUUGCAGGCUAUGCGAAGCAGUGGUCUUCUCUUGUUUCCCUGUGGCCGGUGUCCCUGGAGGGGAGCUGGAAGCUUUUUGGAUCCUAAGAUAAAGGCUUUCCUGGAGGAGAACACUGAAGUCACCAGCAGUGGUAGCCUCACCCCUGAAAUCCAGUUGCGGCUUUUGACCCCCAGAUGCAAAUUCUGGUGGGAGAGAGCUGACCUGUGGCCCCACAGUGAUCCUUACUGGGCAAUCUACUGGCCAGGAGGCCAAGCCCUGUCUAGGUAUCUUUUGGAUAAUCCUGAUGUUGUCAGAGGAAAAUCUGUAUUAGAUCUUGGGAGUGGUUGUGGAGCAACAGCUAUUGCUGCUAAGAUGAGCGGGGCAUCAAGGAUCUUGGCCAAUGACAUAGACCCUAUUGCAGGAAUGGCUAUUACACUAAAUUGUGAAUUGAACCGACUGAAUCCUUUUCCUAUUUUAAUCCAAAACAUUUUGAAUUUGGAACAAGAUAAGUGGGACCUUGUUGUUCUUGGCGAUAUGUUUUAUGACGAAAACCUUGCAGACAGUCUUCAUCAGUGGCUGAAGAAGUGCUUCUGGACCUAUAGAACUCGAGUACUGAUUGGUGACCCUGGGCGGCCCCAGUUCAGUGGACACAGCAUUCAGCAUCACCUGCACAAAGUGGUAGAAUAUUCACUUUUGGAGCCUACUAGGCAGGAAAACAGUGGACUGACAACAAGCACAGUGUGGGAUUUUCAGCCUUGAGUUGUCGAAGUGCUUCCAAGUAUGAAUAUAGUAAUAUUUGGAUCUGACUCUAAAAGUUUUCUCUAUAGGAGAUACUCUUCAGUUUAAUGAAUGUAAUUCUUGUUAAAUGGCAAAUCUUGUUUUUAAAAUAUGAAGGUUUAGAGUUUUGCUUACUUUUGUCAUGUAACUGGUUCUGUAUUUCUAUGCAUGCCAAUUAUACACAUCUCUAUCUGCAUUUUUUUUCUAUUUUAACCACUGAAAAAAUAUGAUUAUACAAUGCCAUACUCACUGGUGGCAGCAUUUAAUUUAAGUAAUGCAGAGGAAUUAAACAUUGUAGCCGGAUCUGUUUCUGUAGUUGAGAACAACUGUGAUGUAACUUUUAAUUAAACAAACAAAACAAAACAUAGAAGAAUAUAUAUGUAUUUUCUUUUUUUAGAGACAGAGUCCCUGCUCCCAGGCUGGAAUGCAGUGGCUAUUCAGAGGCUUAAUCAUUGGGCACUGCAGCCUUGAACUCUGGGCUUUUUUUUUUUUUUUUUUUUUUGAGAUAGAGUCUCGCUCUGUUGCCCAGGCUGGAGUGCAGUGGCGCAUAUCUCAGCUCACUGUAGCCUCCACCUCCCACAUUCAAGCGAUUGUCCUGUCUCAGCCUCUGGAGUAGCUGGGAUUUUAGGUAUGCACCACCAUGCCUGGGUCAUUUUUGUAUUUUUAGUCGAGACUGGGUUUUGCCAUGUUGGCCAGGCCAGUCUCAAACUCCUGACUUCAGGUGAUCCACCCGCCUUGGCCUCCCAAAGUGCUAGAAUUACAGGUGUGAGCCACCACACCAGCCUGACAUGUUUUUUAUUUCUAUCACUUCCUUUUGAUUUUUUCUUAUAGCAGUCUAGCUCUGCUUAUGUCACCCAUCAUUCUUGCAUGUUGUAUGCUUUUCGCAUUAGAGCCUUUUGCAUGUUAAUCAGUUAUUUUAAAUUUAUGAUCUGAUAAUUCUAAAAUGUCUACCAUAUCUGAGUCUGGUUUUGAUGCUUGUCUUUCCAGACUGUUUUUUUUGUCUUUCAGCAUGCUUUGUAAUUUUUUGUUGAUAGCUAGACAUGAUGUAUUGGAUAAAUAAGCAGGUAAACUAA